AUGUUUCUGGGCAAAUCUGAAUCAUUCUACAUUGUAAUAGUUUCUAUUUUCACUUAUUUUCUUGGAAUCGCCAUACAAUCGUUUGGAAUCAAUCGCAGGAUCUAUAACCAUGUGCCAGGCGAAUGUUCCUCAAUCGGACAAUUCUCCAACGGAAUUUCUGGCUUCGAUACAUCCUUCGAAGGAACUGUUUUCCUGUCUGCUAAUCGAUGUUAUGACAACUGCUCGACGACUCUUCCCAGCAAUAUUUUUAUUUUUCAAAGUGAUAAUAAAACUGUGUGGGAGCUAAUCAUAGAUUCUAAAAAAAAGUUGAAUGCUGGAAGUCUGAGUUUGACUCCGUCUCGUAACAAGAUACAUGUGUUUGUGGUAAAUCAUGGGAGGAAAGACAGUGUUGAAGUUUACAACUUCAAUGAGAAAAGAAAAUCCUUGAAACACUUGCGGACAGUCAAGAGCAAGAUCUUUCUAAACCUACAAGAUGUUGCUGCCGUGGAUCGAGAGAAGUUUUUUGUGACCUCACACUCUCAUUACGAGAGCACUUCCAUACAAAACAUCGAGAAAGUUCUUAACUUGAAGUCUGGAGCUGUUUUGUUUUUUGAUGGCAAGAGAGUUCAGAAAUUGGUUGACGUCGCUUCCCCCGUCGGUGUCAUAUACGACCGCUUUCGAAGCUUGCUGUUUGUUGCUUCCUUCUCCCAGGAAGCUAUUCACGUCUACCGUGUUGGAAAGGAUUAUUCGCUUCAUUUUGUCAAUGACAUUAAACUGUUUUGCUCCCCGUAUUCCAUUUGGAGGGAUAUCGACAAUUCCAUGAUAAUUACAUGUCAUCCAGUGUUGUUGAGAUUCUUCUCCUAUAAUUAUAAUCAAACAUCUUAUUAUUCUCCUUCGCAAGUUCUACGCAUCUAUUAUCGACCGUCCGCUGAACCUGUGAUUCAGCAACUUUAUGCAAACGAUGGCGCAACAGUUUCCGCUGCUAUAUCAUCGAUAAGAACAGGCAAUUCUCUUUUGAUCGGCUCUCGCUCUGAUCUACUGGAAUGUGACUUACCUAGUGCAUAA